UAUAUACGAUGCAAAAGAAAGGUAAAGAAGGUGCUUGAAUGUUUCACGGAGCGCCGGAACGGUUCGAUAAUGUAGUUCAGUUGAUGUUCGGUGACUUGAACGAUAGGUAGUGUCAGUGCGAUUUUAUUUUUCGGUCGAGUUGACUUAUUUUUUAAUUUAUUUACGGAGUUUUUUCACCUUUUUUAAUAUUUAUUUUUUUUAAAACUGCAGAUUUUACUUUUUUAUUUUUUAAUUCGAGUUUUAAUUUUGUGUGUUUUAUGUGAUCGAGUGAUUGACCUUUUUGAAAAUUUUUAUUUAGUGUAUGUGUCGUGGACGAUGGUGCGUGGUUUAUUUUAUUACGUGUUCGAGAAAGCUGUCGAUAAUUGCAGUUUCAGACUGCGAAUAAAAAUCUCGGAAUGAUUAUUAAAUUUACCCACGUGAAACUGGCAUACAACUGUAGAUAAAAAUUGUACAAAAUGACAGCACUGGCGUGGCAUAUGAUAGCGCUUGGCCUACUUUUCUGGGCCUCAUCGUCGGCGGAGCGAAACAAGAACGUAAACGAAGCAACAGAUGGGAGUAAUUCGAUCGAAGAAGAUAAACAAUACGACCAAAGUAAACUGAGCGAGUUUUCGCAAAAACCAAAGAUUUCCUCCGGCAGGGAAGCGUUCGCUAUACACGAGAAAACCCUCAUCCCCGAUAGCAAGUCAUCCGAGGACACGUACGAUUUGAAUUUCUCAAUUUUACCAUCGGAAUCUGCGAUCGUUCCGUCGGCUCAGGUAGAUCAGCAGUCGAAAAGCAACCACAGUCAACUCACGAACUCCUACAAUACGGCCUCGAUUCGUCGCGUAGAACGCAACGUCGAAGACCUGGUCGACUUGAAAGAGCCGAAAAAUGACCUAGAACUGGAGACGAGACGUUUAACCAACGACAUGAUCUUAGAAACGGCUCACGAAAUCAGCGGAUACAACAAUUACUACAAUCAGAUAAAACCGACGAGGACGAAGUUCCCAUCGGAUGCGGCCGUCGAGUUGAGCAAAUCGGACAUGAUGUAUUUGACCAAUUCGGGGGAAGAGGAGAGGGCUUCGUCACGCGGCCGGUCACUUCCACUGACGAAGCCCGAUUCUGCCAAGUCGGAUAUCAACAAUGUGACCACGCAUCAGGAUCCGAUGGCCAGGUCUAACCCGGAUGACAGGAAAACCAACUCUGAUAUACAAGAUAUCAUCAACGGAUUUGUCAAAUUAUUGAACGGUAACGUGCAAGUGCAAGUCAAUACAAAUGGACCUUUGGGUAAACCGAAUUUCCCCUCGAGGACUAGAAUCAACAACAGGGGACCUCCCAGAAUAACCGAUCUUCCUCCUAUUAUCUUCGAUCCCCCUGUCGAAGAACCUCAUACUCUGCCACCUACACCGGCUCAAACGAAUCCACCCCAAACUGUACGAGAUCCUCCUCCGUACCCAUUCGAUUUACCCUUAUCUUUACCUCCCCAACCUUCAACUGUGCUCAGACCUUACGUCGCCGGUGUACCAUUACCGGAGCAGAUCGUUCCUAUGAAUUCAACUCACAGUAAUGAGAUUCCCGUCAAAAACAACGACGUCAAGGAAUCUGCCAAACCCGAGAAGCCUUUCGUAUUCAACUCGCCAAAUUCGUACAUCGAGAAAGUGAACAGAACCCAGACCAAAGUUACCAAUAACGCCACCUUCACCAGUACAUCCCCUUCACCAUUAGAACCUGCUGCUAAACCACUCAACGAUACCAAGUUAACGAAACCGAUCGAAAGUCAAGAGAAAAAUGAUACCAAAUCGGAUGCCAAAGUUAACAAACCGCCAGUGAGUCUACCGACCGGUAACCAGACUACAAUAAAGAGCUCCUCGGUUGAGAUCAAACCUUCUUCGACGACGGUGAACUUAAAAUCAUCAGCGCCUCCUAAUCUCAAACCUGAAGUAUCUGAUAGCUUUUUACCAUCGACUGGAGUCGGUACUGCGGUUGUUUUGCUCGAACCUUCUACUCAAGAAGUUCCUUCUCAAGAUGUGCAUAAGGCGACGACUACGUCAUUGUUGUCGUCAUCGUCUCCUGCGUUCUCCAGUUCGGUGCCGAUCAAUUCUGCUGGUAUUAGGAAACGACCUGGUCAGCCUGGUCAGCCUGACGGAGGUGGAUAUUUCCCACGACCGGGUAUUGUAUUGGAUGACCCAGAAUACAAACCAGGAGCUCAUCGAAGACCUCCUCCCAUUAUUACAUCUCCUCCGGCUAAAGCAACGCAGAAUAGGGAUGUGUUCGACGUUACCGUGUCAGCCAUCCAAGGACCGGGUGCUAAUGAUAACUCGUCGAAAGCUGGACAUCCUUAUGUCUUCCCUGUCGAUAUCGAAGCAGCUCAAGUAGACGUUGGUCACAACGACGUCAUAACCAAUCCACAAGCAGGUCAAGAUUUCGUAUCAAUCGAUGGCAAAAGAACGUAUUUGAAUUUAUUCGACAGCACUCCGGCAGUUACUGGACAUAUUUCACCUACAUUGGUGAAAAAUCACCCCUUGGCUCCAGCCGGCAGUUCGUCAUACUCGCCGGCGAAUGCUUCAACAUCGAAAACCGUUCCUACUAAAUCUCCGCUGCCAGUUUGGAAGAAACCUACCCAUCCUCCGGUUCGAAUAGACACGUGUAUUGUCGGAGAUGAUUCGACCUGCGAGGUUAAAUGGCACGAGAUGUGUCGCAUAGAAGUAGGAGUGUCAUCGUGCCAUUGUCGUCCCGGCUACGCCAGAAGGAAACCUAGAGAGCCUUGUCUUCAUGUGGUUUCUCUGUUCUUAUCGUUGAGAGUCGAUCGUAUGUAUGAUUUGCAUUUAUCAUGGAGUGAUAAAUAUACCGAUAAUGAUACAUCCGAAUACCAGCAGCUCGAAUACGAAGCUGGAAAAGCUAUCGAUUCGGCCCUAUCGAUGACACCAUUCUCGGAUCUGUUUCUGGGUUCCAGAGUGAACAACAUGUACACCACUCGCAACAGCAACAUCGCCUCACCAGUAUUCGUAAACAUGACCAUCCAAUUAGCCGAAAGUCAUGAAACAUUAAGAACAUCGGUGAAACAAGACAUACAGAAACAUUUAAUGGGCGUCAUUCAGCGACGCAGCAAUAACGUCGGAGCUAGCGCCUUAUGGGUAGACUCGCCGAGUGGCGUUGUUUCUCAGAUACACGACGUGGACGAAUGCACAGACCCGGAACUAAACGAUUGCCAUUCGGCCGGAAAAUGCACCAAUGUUUUCGGAUCUUUUCACUGUACAUGUCCGGAAGGAUAUCGUGAUCCUAUGGCUGGUGAUAAUCACAGCAGUGGGCGUACCUGCGAAGCCUGCAAUGCUGGGUACUGUAACCAUCGAGGAGAAUGCAGUUUCCUUAACGGUCAACCUAUCUGCAAAUGCUCCGGUAGUUAUUACGGUGCUCAAUGUGAAAUCGACGGCGAAGUCUUAGGUGUAGCCGUCGGAUCGUCUUUAGUUGCCAUUCUUAUUAUAAUUACUACACUGGCGUGCUUAUGUGCCUGGAGCCGUCGCUGGAAUAAAGAGCAAAAAAUCGGAUCUCCUAUAUUUGGUUAUAUGCCAAGUGGAGCCAGUACUGUUAAAACUCCUGUCAUGGGAGCUCCGCCAUACCAAGUUUCUCUAGAAGAUCGCUUACGCUGGGCUCAAAUCGCUGAUGCUAUGGCUCAUGCAAAUCAUUACGGGCCCGAACCAGUCAAUGGUCCUACCAGACCAUCUUCAACUAUAUUCGGGUACACGUUGCCUCACUCUGCGGGUCCAGUUAUUAUGCCUAGGCUUAGACCUCCCAGUGUUCACACGUUACGUACCCCUGAAUCUAGUACCAGUGAAGAAGAAGAUCGUGCUGAUCUUUUGGGAAGAAAUUUUCAAGUUCCUCGACCUAAAAGCAGGUCAUCAGUCGCUAACCAGAGUGGCAUUUAUUACGAUGUAGACUAUGAAUCUCAGCAACAAUCCGGUGAAAUAUUCUCAACCAUGAAAUCUGGUCAACCCUGUAUUCCUCUAAAUACCUACACAAUGGGCAGUAGGUCCCAUUACUUUAAUUUUAGAUCGUAAAUUUAUCCAUAGAUAGGUAUUUAAAUCUGCAUUAGAGUGAUUAAGUGACCUUUUUUUUUUUUUUUUGCGCAAACAUAUUGGAAUCUCUCUGGCCAUGGAUGAUUAUGUAUUUUGAAGACUGAUUAAAAUCCAUAUCUUACAUAAAUAUUUAGCCAUCUUAGGCAAAAAUCUAGAAUCCAAAUUAAGUUUCCUGUGUAUAAAAAGUGAGCUUUCAUUGUAUGUAUAAAAUUUAUUUAUUUUGGCUCAAAUUAUUCGUACUUUCAACGUGUAGGUAUGUCGUGUACUGUAGGUAAUUUGUAUAAUAUUAUUUUAUAGAUUUAUAUAAAAAAAAAAAAAAACUCAUUCAUCGUAUCGAUAUACUCGUUGCUAUAUUGAAAUAAUUUUUUAAAACGUAGGUAACAACUUCAGUUUUCUCCUAUUUCCUAGAUAUAGGUACCUAAAACGCGUUACCUUUGAUAAAAUUAUUUCAUCUUUUAAUACCUUGUUGAUACAUCGAUCGGUGGCCAAAUGGAAAUUUUCAUAUAUUUUUUAAAAAACUAGUCUGUAUACCUACUCAUAUAGUGUAGCUUAUUGAAUAUUGAAAUAUGUUCUUAUUCUCAUGUGCUUACUGAAAAAUACUAUGUACAAACCUUGAACAUGAUGAUAAGCUGCUAGUAUCUUUAAUAAAAAUAAAGCACUUGUGCCUAAUGCUAUUACUCGUAUUAUGGUCAAGUAGUUGGUAAAGAUACAUAGAUCGUAUUUGUAAUUCAAACAGCCAUCAUGUUCAAUGUUGAAUUGUGUCUCGUUUUUUAUGUUAUAAUAUUCAUCAUUCGAAGCAUUUAGUGUUUUAUCGAUUCUUUUUUUUUUUUUUUUGUUUCUUUCUCGUUUAUGUUAUAAUGUGAUAAUCAUUUUAUGAAUUUGUAUUUAUUUGUAUUUGUAUUCAAUAUUAAGUGUACGUUUUACACAAAUACAUUUUUUUUCUCGAUUUUUA